AUGAAAGAAGCAUACUUGGAUUUUGGUGUGGAGACAGAGUACCAUGAAGGAACAGGAGAACUUCUUUGUGGUCCCCUUUACGAUCUUUUAUCCGCCAAAAUAUUAACCAUAUGUCCUUUUGUCAUUCAACUGAUUCAAGACGAGGAUCCGACUCGAUUACGAGCAUCCAUGCAAACAAGACAUUUGGUAAUGAAAGCAAACCUGCUUCCACAUGAGUUCAUUGGGAUAAAGGUAAUGAUCAAUAGUUGUCCUCAUUUGGAGACUCUCACUUUCCAAAUGGUUGAUCCUAGGCCUGUCUUACCGACGGAUUUUGAUAUCGAAUUCGAUCCAGAAACUUAUUGGGAGUAUCCAAUCAACCAUAGGUGUUUAAAGAAGACGCUCAAAGUUGUGGAGUUGAGGAACUUUAGAGGUGGCUUGUACGAG